GUUCCCUGCAAUCAUUUGCCCGUGCAGUUUUCAAUGAAUAUUGUAUGCGGUCUCUAUCUUUGGAGCUGAUCAUUUGAAUCAGCGGGUCGCGAGGAGGAAGGUAUUCUGGAUAAGCACACCAGAUGAUGGAAUUUCUCCCAGAGACCAGGUCUGUCUCCUCCCGAAAUUAGAUAAGAAGAGCAGAGCCAGGAGAUUAUACAGCGGGGAAGAUGUUCUGCGCGAAGCUGAAAGAGCUGAAGAUACCAGGAGAGUGUCCUUUCUCCACUAGCGCCCAAAAUAAUGAGCUCGGAGACUUUGAGGAGCGCUCAACUGGCGCCGCGGAUUUAUUGCCCAUUUCUAAGGAUGUGCACGGAAAAAUAGGUGAGGAUCUACCUCAACAGAAAACAAUCAGAGCCAAAGUUAACCUGCAUACACUUGGGGAGAGCAUCCGAAAAUUGGCAUGUCCAGAGUUUCAAAGGCUGCACACUGCCCUCCAACGAAUGAUGAGACUAUCAGAUCAAACCAGGGACUCUGAGAGUCCAAUAGUUUGCUGUACAGACUAUCAGAGUUGCAGUGAUGAACCGGAACAUUUAGUGGAAAUGAUGAACAUUUACUCAACCAAAACGGCAAUCCAGAUGGAAGCUUUGAAAGUUGCUCUUGGCGAGGAGCUCUUCAACAUGUGUUAUGAGGAGGACGGACACAUUUUGAGGGUGGUGGGGGGAGCUCUCCACGACUUCCUCAACAGCUUCAAUGUUUUGUUGAAACAGAGUACGCCGCCCAACCCGGGCAGAGAGAAUUGUGUAAACGAACCUUCGGUGCUGUGCUUAGACAAGGAUGCGGGUCUGCUUACUGUCUAUUUCUUCAACCCCCGUCCAACCACUGAGCUCUUCUUCCCUGGAGUCAUCAAAGCUGCAGCGCGCCUGCUGUAUCACACCACUGUGGAUGUGUUGAUUGACACCCCCAGUGCUAAAGACAGCAUCUUGCAGUCCAGCCCGCAGCCCAGUCUUCUGUACACAGUUGCAGUUAAGGAUGCGAAAAAUCUGACCCCCAGUCCGCUGCGGGCUACUUCAGCUGGGACCCUUCCUACCUCUUUGUUCUCCACCAUCUUCCCUUUUCAUCUGAUCCUGGACAAGGACCUGGGUCUGGUACAAAUAGGACACGGGCUCAGGAAGAGACUGUUCAGGAAAGAUGGACUGAGGAGGUCUGCUACCUUCCAAGAACACUUUUCUAUUGUCUCUCCGCAGAUCAAAUGUACCUUUCAAGGGAUUCUGACCAUGCUGAACACACAGUUUAUCAUUCGGAUCAAGCAUGGAGUCUCCAUCGCAGAUAACACAGGGAAGCUCAUGGACCUUAAAGGUCAGAUGAUCUACGUUUCAGAGUCCAACGCCAUCUUGUUCCUGGGCUCACCAUGUGUGGACAAGCUGGAGGAGCUAACAGGCUGCGGCCUCUACCUGUCAGACAUCCCUAUUCAUAACGCACUGCGUGACGUAGUGCUGGUUGGUGAACAGGCCAAAGCCCAGGACGGUUUGAAGAAGCGUCUGGGGAAGGCCAAGGCAGCCUUGGAGCACGCUCACCAGGCACUGGAGGAGGAGAAGAAGAAGACAGUGGACCUCCUCUUCUCCAUCUUCCCCGGCACUGUGGCACAGCAGCUGUGGCAGGGCCAAACGGUGCAGGCCAAGAAGUUUGACCAAGUAACAAUGCUCUUCUCCGACAUUGUGGGCUUCACGGCUGUUUGCUCACGUUGUACCCCGAUGCAAGUGAUAACCAUGCUCAGUGAGUUGUACACCAGGUUUGACCACGAGUGUGGAGAGCUUGAUAUCUAUAAGGUGGAGACCAUUGGUGAUGCGUACUGUGUAGCUGGUGGCUUACACAGAGAAAGCGAGACUCACGCCGUCCAAAUUGCACUCAUGGCCUUAAAGAUGAUGGAGCUUUCAGACGAAGUUAUGACACCAACUGGAGAACCAAUACAGAUGCGUAUAGGAGUCCACACUGGUUCAGUACUGGCUGGUGUGGUUGGGGUGAGAAUGCCGCGUUACUGCCUUUUCGGUAACAAUGUCACAAUGGCCAACAAGUUUGAAUCCUGCAGCCAACCUGGAAAAAUCAACAUCAGCCCUACAACUCACAGAUUGCUGAAGAAUCGGCCAGAGUUUGUCUUUGUUCCCAGGAGGAGACUGGAGCUUCCGGCCAACUUCCCAGAAGACAUCCCUGGUGUUUGUUACUUUUUGGAGGCGCCAUAUAAAACUGACUCUGAAGUUAAAUCAAGCUGCUGAAGAGCCCGAAAACAUUAGAUAUGACAAAAUAUAAACAUAUCCAGUGAACCCAGUGCGAAUACCUUGUAUGUUUUGGGUUGGGUUGUUUAAAUAAUGAUGAUAGUGUCUAUAGUCAAACUCUUGCAGCUGCUUAAUUACAGACAUGUCAGUUUGCUGUCAAACAUGAGUCUUGUCUCUGUACAAUUAUCCAUUUGCACAGUUGUAGCCAUGGAUGUAUUGGUUGUAGCGCAGAGAAAUACUCACUUCCUUUAUUUUUCUUCCAGAAUGAGUCAUCUCUGUAAUAUGAUCUCAUAUGAUAAACAAAUGGCUUUCUUUGACUGUUUUGUUAAAUGUAACAUUGGAGAGGCACAAAAUACCUAAACUGCUUUUGGUUUGCUGUAAAGAAUUAAAUACAUCAUCUUGCAUAAUAUGAAAUACAUUUUUGGAUGUUGA